UGAGCGGGUCUGCUGGGUGGCUUCUUGUUCGUGAAGAUGAAACCUUGAACAUCUUAGAAGUUGUAGGAAUAGCUCUGUCACCUUUUCCUUAUACUGAUAGAAUCUUAGCUUGGAAGGACACAAUGGGACUGUGGUCAGUUUGGAGUUUAUCUCUUCUGGCUUUGUUGCAUCUCUUUAACCCCAAGUUUGUGGCUCAAGCGGAAAUAACUUCUCCCCGAACUAAUGACAGAUUUCAUCAGAUGGAGGUACUGCCACAUAAGGCACGUGUAGCCCGAAAAUCUGGGGUCUUACACAAAUGCGACAACGGCACAAAAGUUUUUGGAGCUCUUGAGACGGAGGGAGCGGGUGCUGUGAAACCGAACAAUGGCAAGCGAGUGGGGAGUAUGAGUGGACUUGGAAAGGAGGCAGCGAUCGACUUCAAAGCGGAACCCAACUAUCGCAAGCAUCUGAAAAUUCAUGGUAAAAAGUAUGGAAACAUUUCUGAGGACACCAAGAGGCGAACUACUGCGAAAGUAAUGCUAGAAAACACAUUUCCUGACACAAGGAAGAGGGCAAAAAGGAGCGUGGGUACGAGCGAAUAUGUGGAAAGGGCUAUAAGUGGAGAGACGAAGUCAAAAGAGAGGUUUGUGGAGACUGUCCAAGGUGUUUUAAGCCCGAGAGCCGAGUACCGGCGCACAGGGGAGGAAGCCAGAGGGUCUAACCCGAGGCAGAGUGAGCCGCACCUGGACACUUCUACUUUUGCGCUGUCGGGAGACUCCGCGCACAACCAGGCGAUGGUGCACUGGUCCGGACACAACAGCAGCGUGAUCCUGAUCUUGACUAAGCUGUAUGACUUCAACCUGGGGGCUGUUACAGAGAGCUCACUCUGGAGAUCAACUGAUUACGGAAGCACCUACAACAAACUCAACGACAAAGUGGGCUCAAGGACAGUUCUAAGUUACCUGUAUGUCUGCCCUACCAACAAACAGAAGAUAAUGAUGCUUAGCGACCCAGAGGUAGAGAGCGCUGUUCUCAUCAGUUCAGAUGAAGGGGCAAGCUUUGAGAAGCAUACCAUUAACUUCAAUAUCCUGAGCCUGCUCUUCCACCCUGCCCAGGAGAACUGGAUACUGGCCUACAGUCAUGACAGCAAGCUGUACAGCUCAAUUGACUUUGGGAGGAAAUGGCUGCUUGUGCACGACAACGUGAUGCCAGGCCGAUUCUACUGGGCGGUAAUGGGGCUGGACUCUCUGUCAGAUUCUCAAUCUGAUGUGGUCCACAUCGAGACGCGCAUCGCAAAAAGCCGCGCCCAGUACGUGAAGUGCAGAGCCCAGCGCUGCACAGAGGCCAACAGACAGUACCUGUUUCCCGGAUAUGUAGACACCAACUCGCUGGUUGUGCAGGAUGAAUUUGUUUUCACACAGGUAACAAAGUCAGGGCGGGCCAGCUACUUUGUCUCCUUUAGGGGAGAAUCUUUCAAGAGGAUGCAAUUACCUAAGUAUUGUCUGCCAAAGGACAUGCACAUCAUCAGUACAGAUGAGAAGCAAGUGUUUGCUGCAGUCCAGGAGUGGAAUCAGAACAACACUUACAGCCUAUAUAUCUCCGACUCACCUGGGGUCUACUUCACCCUUUCAUUAGAGAAUCUGCGAACCAGCAGAGGACCUGCCGGUAACCUCCUGGUCGACUUUUAUAAGGUGGAGGGGAUAAAUGGCAUGUAUCUCGCCAACAAACUGCUGGACAAUCACGUCAAGACUUUUAUCACCUACAACAAGGGACAAACAUGGGCCCUGCUGCCAGCUCCCGCCACUGAUGUUGAGGGAAAAAACCUUGACUGCAUCCUGCCAUUUUGUUCGCUGCAUCUUCAUCUGGAGAUGUCGGAGAAUCCGUACACGUCGGGACCCAUCACCAGCAAAAAGUCUGUGCCGGGGAUCAUCGUAGCUACAGGGAAUAUCGGAACAGAGCUGUCCUCUAACAACCUUGGGAUGUUUAUAUCAUCAGAUGCAGGAAAUAGCUGGAGAAAGAUAUUUAAUGAAGAGCACAACGUUUGGUUUCUGGAUAAUGGCGGAGCUUUGCUGGCAGUGUUACAUGCAGCGACGUCCAUCCGACACUUGUGGAUCAGUCUAGACGAAGGAAAGAAAUGGGACCGGCACAGUUUCUCCCUGGCUCCCCUGUAUGUGGAUGGAGUUUUAAUGGAGCCAGAAUCUGACAAUCACAUAAUCACUUUCUUUGGACACUUCAGCCAUCGCUCAGAGUGGCAGCUGAUCAAGAUCGACUACAAGGGUCUCUUUAGCAGGAGAUGCAUGGAUGGAGAUUACCAGACAUGGCACCUGCACAACAAGGGAGAGCUGUGUGUGAUGGGCGAGAAGCAGAUCUAUAUGAAGCGAAGGCCAGGGAACCGUUGCAUGCUGGCCCAGGACUAUUCAAGGAUCUACUCCUCAGAGCCCUGCGUCUGCACAUCCUAUGAUUUUGAAUGUGAUUACGGGUGGGAACGCCAGGUGGAUGGGAAGUGUUCCCCUGCUUUUUGGUUUAAUCCAAAUGGGGCAGCUAAAAGCUGCAGCUCCAGCCAAAGCUUUCUUAACAGCACUGGGUAUCGGAAGGUGUUAUCCAAUAACUGUAAGGAGAGCGGGAAGAACGUGUACUCACCCAGGAGGCAGGCGUGUCGUCCCAGACCCCCUCGAGGCCUCCGGCUCUCCACCAGUGUGGGAGAGCUCAGUGCAAGUGUUGGAAGCAACGUCACCUUCAUGGUUUUCCUCGAUGAUGGAGACUCGCUGAGGACCAGCAUCCAGCUAGACUUCGGGGACGGCAUCAAGAUCACAUACUCGAACCUGAGCAGGACCGAUGAUGGCAUCAAGCACAUCUACAGAACAACUGGGAUUUACCGUGUGACAGCUUCUGCGGAAAACAGCCAGGGAUCUGACAGCAGCACGCUGUUUUUACACAUCACCAGUCCGGUGGAGCGUGUAUAUCUCUCGGCUCCUAUCGUGGCCAUCAGUGGGAAGGAGGCGAAUCUAACUGCAGUGGUUUGGCCGAGCCACACCAGAAUAUUGACCUUCUUCUGGUGGUUUGACAACAGCUCCGAGCCCAUUAUAACCUUGGACGGAAGCAUCUCAUACACGUUUCAGAAAGAGGGAAAAAACAAGGUCACGGUCCAGGUUGCUUCUGGGAGCACCAUCAUACAGGAUUCCAAAGUUAUAACUGUGAAAGAGUUCUUCAGGUCGCUGCUGUUGUCGUUCUCGCCAGCUCUUGACGAGCACAAUCCUGACAUCCCUGAGUGGAGGGAGGACGUAGGGCGUGUGGUGCGGACAGCUCUGUCACAGGUGUCAGGGGUCCCUGAAGAUCAGCUGCUGGUGUCUUUGUACCCGGGUCUCCCAAGCUCAGCCGAGCUCUUUAUCCUCCCUGAUGAACAUAUAUCAAGUGAGCACAAGAGGAGCAGCGAGGAGGCUCUCGAGACGAUAUCUAAUAUUUUUGUCACCGCCCUGAACCAAGGCCUGAUCCACUUCGAGCUGAAGGCUGAUACUCACAUUGUUGUGUACAUGACUCAGCAAACUUUGGCACCACUUGUGGAUUCGAAUGCCAUCCACAGCGGGUCUGCCAUGUUGAUGCUGCUCACUGUGGUGUUUGUUGGUUUAGCGGCAUUCUUCAUCUACAAGUUUAAAAGGAAAAUACCCUGGAUCCACGUUCAGACCGAGGACAGUCAGGAGAAGGAUCCGGAAGUGAUCAGUACAGUGGGUCAGAACGACACGAUGACAAAGGUCAAGCUCAGUGAGUUUCCCUCUCCAAAAGAGCUCAUGGAGAAGGAGCUUGAGGGCCGGAGCCGAGGAGGAAUUGGAAGAAAUAUGGAGAGAAUUGUUACAAGAGAGUUUCCAAACUGUACAAAUGUGUAAGACAUGCGCUCUGUCACUCAGUAAGUACAGAUUGUUGUGUUACAAUUGUGCUGAAUUUCUUUGCUUGGUUUUUUUUGUUUUGUUUUUCCACACACAUAGCUGCUAUUGUUCAAAGUCAUGUUUUUAACUCACAUGGAUAGAUUAAGUAUGUACUUCGCGAUACUUGAUGAAGAUCAGCCAAACCAAGCCGGACUCAGGGGCCUCUAGUUUGAGGGCGGAGAAAUUAAGACAUUGGUGAAUAUGUAGGCUACUGUUCCCAAAAGGCAUAAAGGUUUGCUUCUUUGUUCUACAACAUGGGUAAAAAGUUGUACUAAAUAGUACAUGACUAUUCAGAGUGAUUAAAAAAAAAAAAAACUUGUGACCGUAUAGCUGUUUGCACAUAUGUACCCCUGAAAAAUUG